AUGUUCUUGAAAAAAGAUAUCUCAUUAUAUCUCUCCAGAGAAAAACAGAAUUUUCUCGUAUUAUCUCUCGGAAGAAUGUUCUUGCAAGAUAUCUCAUUAGCCUCUCCAGAGAAAAACAGAAUUUGUCUCGUAUUAUCUCUCGGAAGAAUGUUCUUGCAAGAUAUCUCAUUAGUCUCCAAAAAAACAGAAUCGUAUUAUCUCUCGGAAGAAUUGCAAUAUAUCUCCUCUCCAGAGAAAACAGAAUUGUCUCGUAUUAUCUCUCGGAAGAAUGUUCUUGCAAGAUAUCUCAUUAGCCUCUCCGAAUUGUCCAGAGAAAUUAUCUCUCGGAAGAAUUGUCUCGUAUUAUCUCUCGGAAGAAUGUUCUUGCAAGAUAUCUCAUUAGUCUCUCCAGAAAAAACAGAAUUGUCUCGUAUUAUCUCUCGGAAGAAUGUUCUUGCAAGAUAUCUCAUUAGCCUCUCCAGAGAAAACAGAAUUGUCUGUAUUAUCUCUCGGAAGAAUGUUCUUGCAAGAUAUCUAUCUCUUGGAAAAAGAAUUUUCUCGUAUUAUCUCUCGGAAGAAUGUUUGCAAGAUAUCUCAUUAGUCUCUCCAGAGAAAACAGAAUUGUCUCGUAUUAUCUCUCGGAAGAAUGUUCUUGCAAGAUAUCUCAUUAGUCUCUCCAGAAAACAGAAUUGUCUCGUAUUAUCUCUCGGAAGAAUGUUCUUGCAAGAUAUCUCAUUAGCCUCUCCAGAGAAAAACAGAAUUGUCUCGUAUUAUCUCUCGGAAGAAUGUUCUUGCAAGAUAUCUCAUUAG